AUGCCUCUGUUCGACGCCCAGCUGUACUACGUCCAGGCGUUGUGUCUGAGUUUCGCCAAGCGGCUCCAGGACUCGCACGACCUGGCGUUGCUCCUCAACUACCAGCCCACAGGCCGCCAGGCCAAACGCGCCGCCCAACAGAUAAACUACUCCGAAGACCUUGUCGACGACUUUGACGAGGACUAUACGCCCAAUGUCGAGGAGUCUAACGUCCAAGUGAACCAUUUCCACAACCAGCCGCCACCGCAGUACACGGUAGCGCGGCCCAACCCCCAUUUCGAGCUGUUAGAGGACGAAGCUACUCUCCAGUUCCUUGCCCACACUCCUGAGGUUUUAGUGCCGAUAAAAGUGAGCUGUGAACACCCUAACGGCACCAAUAAGCUCCAGGACUUUUUCUUGUGGAACACAGCGACGCUGCACUUGGUAUCGCCGCAACAAUUCGCCCUGAUCCUUGUCAAUGAUGUCGAGCUUCCAGGGCUGAUGGAGUCGCAAAUCGCCGACCAGAUCACCCAACAACUUUCCGACUGGGAGUUUGCUCUGAACCUUAGUCUCCCCUUAGCCCCCGGCGAGCCCUACGUGGUGGUGAUUGAACUCACCGUCAACCUCAACAAACAAUUAUACCAAGACAAACUCGAGUGGGACAUCAACCAGACGGUGAUCACCCCUGAGACCUACGCGGCUACGGUGUGUGGCGACCUCGGCCUCCCCCGUGAGUUCGUGCCUGCCAUCGCCCACGCUCUCCACGAACAGAUCCUCAAAGUGAAGCGCGAGGUCGCCGACGGCACCCACAACCUCACCUUGAACCAAUUACAACUGUUACGAGGCGUGGUGGUCAAGGAAGGGAUGAGAAUCAUCCCUCCGGAAGCGCUGGCCGAGUUCGACGCCUGGGAACCCCGGGUGGAACUGUUGACUCAAGCACAAAUCGAACGGCGUGAGUUGGAGAAGGGACGUAACUUGAGACGAUUAAAGCGGGAGAACUUGAAGCGGGGAGGGUUGGAGUUCGACGACUUCGCCAGCAAACGACGCGCCACCGGCCGCCGCCUGGACUGGUAA